UCUAAGAGCCAAUCAGCUCUCCGUGACGACAGCGAGGCGUUUCCCAUCAUGCACUACAUCCAACUGCGCAUGCGUCGUUCAAAGAUGGAGUCCGAGGAGCCUCCGGUGUCGGUCUCCGUGUCUCCGGGAGAAAAGAUGAGGCUGUUGGUGAAGCAGCGAGUCCACGCGGCCGUUGAAGAGUCUUCUGGGCUGUUGGACACAUUGACAGCAGCUUAUGAGGACACCGUGUCUCCGCUCAGAGAACACGAGCGACACGCAUCAGAUGUCCAGCAGCUGUUGGUGGUUAAAGAAGAGGUUCCUUUUGAGCAGCAGGUCUGGAGCUCCAGUCUGGACCAGAUGCAUCCAGAGCCCCCGCUAGUUAAAGAGGAACAGGAGGACCAAAAGAACUCAGUGCCCCCCCACAUUAAAGAGGAACAGGAGGGCCAAGAGAACCCUGAGCCCCCCCACACUAAAGAGGAACAGGAGGACCAGGAGAACCCUGAGCCCCCCCACAUUAAAGAGGAACAGGAGGACCAGGAGAACUCAGAGCCCCCCCACAUUAAAGAGGAACAGGAGGACCAGGAGAACCCUGAGCCCCCCCACAUUAAAGAGGAACAGGAGGACCAAGAGAACCCUGAGCCCCCCUACAUUAAAAAGGAACAGGAGGACCAGGAGAACUCAGAGCCCUCCCACACUAAGGAGGUACAUGAGGAACUCUGGACCAGUCAGGAGGGAGAGCAGCUUCAAGGGCUGGAGGAGGCUGGUCUCAAGUUCUCAUUCACUCCUGUGAAGCUGAAGAGGAAGCUCAGUCCUCUCAGCUUCUUCAAAGACAAACUGAACCGAUGGAAAUAGAAGCUGAUGGAGAUGAUUGUGGAGGACCAGAACCAGCCAGGAACGCAGAUCCAGAUAGACCUCCAGAUCCUGAUGAAAAGACUGGAGACUCUUCUGAACCAGAUACUGAUGAGUCUGUUGAUUGGAAAAAGACCAGAGAACCAGUCCGGGGUCGGGUCUUGGGGGCAGCAGACCCAGCAGGCUGAGCCAGACUUCCCUCUCACCUACAACAUGUUCCAGCUCUUUCUGGGGGAUCCUGAGGCGUUCCUAGGCCAGCAGCGAGAUGUAAUCCCUCCAGCGGGUCCUGGGUCUUCCCGGGGUCUCCUCCCAGUUGGACGUACUUGGAAAACCUCUAAAGGGAGACGUCCAGGAGGCGUCCGAAUCAGAUGCCCGAACCACCUCAGAGGACUCCUUUCGAUGCGAAGGAGUAGCGGCUCAACGCCAAGCUCCCUCCUGAUGUCUGAGCUCGGUACCCUAUCUCUCAGGCUGAG